AUUUUUCUGAUGCUCUUCGCCAUUAUCUUUAAGUCUUAUGCGCUCAUACGACCCAGUAAUGGCCUUCGUGACUGUCGUGUAAAUUCAACUUUAACAGCACUAGAGGUGCUCCCAGGUGGAGGCUGGGAUAACCUGCGAAACAUAGACAUGGGACGGGUGAUGAACCUGAGCUAUUCCCAGUGCCAGACUACAGAAGAUGGACUUUAUCUCAUCCCAGAUGAAGUCUUUGUGAUUCCACGGAAAACUAGUGGAGUGGAAACUUACUCUGAGACCAUCAUGUCAUGGCUGGAACAGAAAAGCUCCACAUCAGGAUCAAUCAAUGCAGACAUUUCCUUUCCUUCUGUUCUAAAUGGAAAAUUCUCUGAAGAAAAUAAGCGCAUCAAAACGCACCAAGUGAGAGAAAAUUCUGUAACAACACGAGUUCAGGUGCGCAACCAUCUGUACACAGUGAAUGCAUAUCCUGACUUUACUCUGGACUCCCGCUUUGCUCAGCAGAUUGGGAAAAUCGCAGAUGCUAUUGAAAACAACCAAACACGUCAAGCAACUUAUCUAUCAGAGAAACUCAUUCUUGAUUAUGGUACCCACGUCAUCACAAGCGUUGAUGCUGGUGCCAUUUUGGUGCAAGAGGACUAUUUAAAAAAGUCUUAUGUCGCUGACAGUCACUCAGACACAUAUUCUGUCUCUGAAUCAGCAGGUGUUGAAUUUUUAAACAAGGUUAACUUUAACUAUGGAAGCAAGGAUUCCAAGCAAACCUCUGAAACCUUCAAUUACCAGCAAAACACUACAUAUUCUUUAGUUAAGAGCCACGGUGGGGCUUUAUUCUAUCAAGGAAUCACUCUGCAGAAGUGGCAAGAGAGCACACAAAAUAAUCUGGUGGCUAUUGACCGUUCUGGUCUGCCACUGCACUAUUUUCUCAAUCCAUCAACAUUUCCUGAUCUGCCAAUUCCCACUUUACAUAAACUUGCCUUUUCAGUCCAACAGGCUGCAGCGCGUUACUACAACAUAAACACCAUUCCAGGAUGUGUAGAUCCAAAUUCCCCAAAUUUUAAUUUUCAGGCCAAUGUUAAUGAUUCAUCCUGCAAGGGUCCAGUCACCAAUCUGACCUUUGGUGGACUUUACCAAAAAUGCACUCCAUUGUCGCCAGAUGGAAAUAUCCUCUGUGAUAAAUUUGAGCAAAAAAAUCCUGACACUGGUGACUAUACGUGUCGUCAACUGUACACGGCUUCUCUGAUACACUCGGAGAAAGUAGAGCAGGGUUACAAUCAGUAUGAGUGCCAUGAGGAAGAUCAUUCAUGCUGGUUAAUUUUGAGAUGUAAGGAAAAUGUAUGUGUUAAUGCUUACUAUGUCCGUCGUGCAAAAGUGGACACUUACUGGUGUUCGACAAAUCAGAAAGUCCAUGAAUAUUCUGGUUACCUCUUUGGAGGUCUAUUUGGACCAUCUUUGCAGAACCCACAGACCAAAUCUCAUGACUGUCCUCCAAAUUACUUUGCACAAAUAUUUUUGACUAAUGAUAUGAGAAUUUGUCUGAGCAAUGACUAUGAGGCAGGAACUACAUCUUCUGUGGCUUUUGGGGGUUUUUUCAGCUGCCAAUAUGGCAACCAUCUUGCAAGUUACCAGUACCGUUGUCCACCUGAGUACAGCCAACACCUUGCUGCUAUUAUAGAUGGUUGUCAAGUACUGUAUUGUGUCAAAUCAGGUGAGUUUACUGGUGGCCAGUUAAAACCUAUUCACCUCCCACCAUUCACAAGACCACCUCUGGUCAACAUGAUGGUGACAAACACUGUAGCUGUGAUGACAGAAGGUGAUCGGGCCUGGCUGAGGGUUGGAGAAACAAAAAAAUGGAGACUAGCAAAGCCUGGUGAAUUUAAUCAAAUGGUUCGAAUGUUUGAUGCGUCAUCUAUCCAGAUGUCAGGAGGUGAAAAGGCUGGUGUUGCCUGUGGUGUAAUUACUUUUAUCGCAGUUGUGGUGGCAGGAAUUGUCAUCUUAGUGAAACAGAGAAGGAAAUUUUCUCACUUCAGGUCAAGAAGGGGGUAUGAAGAGAUUCACUGUGACGGCCAAAGCGGUGCAGAAAGUCAGAGAGAGCAACAGAGUGCAAAUGAAAACCCCACUCAACCUCUGUUGCCUUAGUUAUGUCAGAGUACAUUAAGAUUUGUUAAUUAUUUUAAAAGUUCAAUCUUGAUCAGCUUUGUAAUCACAUUUCACAAUGAUUAGCAUUUGGUGAUAGGGAAUAUAUUUAUGUGGUGCUGGGUACAGGGGUGCUAUUUAAAACUGUUUCACAGCUUGUGUGAAUUAUUAUAUUGUUAAAUAUUAUUCCAAAACCUGUGUUUUAAUGAGAAUAUAGGCCAAUGUGUAAUAAUAGGAGUUCACUUUGUGCUUGUG